CUUCCGGAUCCGGUGGCGGGCGUAGCUGGUGCGGAGUGAGUGGGUGCUUUGCUAGCUGCGGGCGGGCAGGGCAGUAGCCCGCGCGCUGCGGGCGAUGCUGGGAGGCGGCUCCGGGACCGCGGAGCGCGAGGCAGAGGGCGAUGGGGCGCAGGCUGUUCCUGCGCCGCCUGCCAUCGAGUUCCCGGCCGACGGCUCGGACCCCAAGUAUGAUGAAUCCGAUGUCCCAGCAGAACUCCAGGUGUUAAAAGGACCCCUACAACAGCCGACUUUCCCUUUUGUGGUUGCAAACCAACUGUUGCUUGUUUCUUUGCUGGAGCACUUGAGCCAUGUGCAUGAGCCAAACCCUCUGCGUUCAAGACAAGUGUUUAAAUUGCUUUGUCAGACCUUUAUCAAAAUGGGGCUGCUGUCGUCUUUUACCUGUAGUGAUGAGUUUAGCUCGCUGAGACUGCAUCACAACAGAGCUAUUACCCACUUGAUGAGGUCCGCCAAAGAGCGAGUUCGUCAGGAUCCUUGUGAGGAUGCUUCUCAUAUCCAGAAGAUCAGAUCAAGGGAAGUAACCUUCGAAGCACAGACUUCACGUUACUUAAAUGAAUUUGAAGAGCUUGCUGUCUUAGGCAAAGGUGGAUACGGAAGAGUGUACAAGGUCAGGAAUAAAUUAGAUGGUCAGUAUUAUGCAAUUAAGAAAAUCCUGAUUAACGGUGCAACUAAAACAGAUUGUAUGAAGGUACUGCGGGAAGUGAAGGUCCUGGCCGGCCUUCAGCACCCCAGCAUCGUGGGCUACCACACCGCGUGGAUAGAACAUGUUCAUGUGGCCCCGAUACCAGAUAGAAUUUCUAUUCAGUUGCCAUCUCUGGAAGUGAUCUCCGACCAGGACGACAGAAAUCAGUCUGUUAACAAUGACGAAAGUAACAGCUCAUCCAUUAUCUUCGCUGAGUUUACCUCAGAGAAAGAAAAGUCCUUAGGAGAAAAUGGCAUUGAAAAUCAGAAUAACGGAUCAGUGAAUUACACCACCAGUGUUGUUACAAGAGCCGCCGGUGAAUUGGACUCAUCCGGUUUGCUCCAGGGAAAUGGUUUGGCUGAUUCGCCUUCCUCAUCGAUUGUGGAACAUCAGCUGCCACUUAGGCAUCAUUCCGACUUAGAAGAGAAUUUUACAUCCAUGGAGGAAUCCUUUGAAAACUUAAGUUUGUCGGGACAGACAGAGGUGGGAGCCCGCCGUGUCGCCCCCCAGGUGCAGUACCACCUGAUGCUGCACAUCCAGAUGCAGCUGUGCGAGCGCUCGCUGUGGGACUGGAUAGUGGAGAGAAACCAGCGGGGCCCGGAGUGCGUGGACGAGUCUGCCUGUCCUUAUGUUAUGGCCAGUGUUGCAACAAAAAUAUUUCAAGAAUUGGUGGAAGGUGUAUUUUACAUACACAACAUGGGAAUUGUACACCGAGAUCUGAAGCCCAGAAAUAUUUUUCUUCAUGGCCCUGAUCAGCAAGUAAAAAUAGGUGACUUUGGUCUGGCCUGCACGGACAUCAUACAGAAGAACACAGACUGGAUCGAUAGAGGAAUGCCCACGCACACUUCCAGAGUGGGUACCUGUCUGUAUGCGUCCCCUGAGCAGUUGGAAGGAUCCGAGUAUGAUGCCAAGGUAAUACUCACUGCCUUUCUCCCUCUGGUUAGACUGAGUCUGCAGUCGUAAGUAACAGCACAGUGAAUAAAGGCGGUGGACGCUCUCGCGUAGGGGGGUUUGGGGAGGUCACGGAGCAGGGUAGGUUGUCUGUUACAUCAAACCCCCGAAACAGGAAACCUCGCUU